AUGUACAUCAGGAAAGUUCAUUUUGUGUUGAUCCUUUGUUACUUAUCCCAAGCUGCAGGAAAUUGCAGUAUAUCCGAAAACAUCGCUUUCAUCUGCGAUUACGUCCACUGGAGGGAAAUAAACCAUUUGAUUAUAAUAGAUGAAGAUAUAGACUCUGUUUGCGGGAUAAAAACAAUCAAAGACAACUUGAAAACGUUGAUGAACAAAAACAUUUACUUCGCAACGUAUCCUUUACUAACUUCGUCAGAAGCCACUUUGAAUAUUACCAGUUGCAAGACAGCUGUGGUUACUUUUUUAAAAGAUAAUUUCACCGUCAUAAAUCUUCUGGAAGAUGCGAAUUUCAUCGGCCGCUACGGUGGAAAAGUCUCUUGGUUGUUACUAGCCCAUUGUCAUCUCCAAACUAACAUAAUGAACGAGCUGAGAUACGGGAAUUUCGGAAUCGACAGCGAUAUUGCUAUUGACGAUUUGAAUAGCACCCAAUACGAAAUAACUACAAACAAGGAAGACUCCAUCUUACCGUUCAGGUAUAAUUUCAACAAAACAGCGACAAAUUCGACCAUAACUUGCGUUAAUUUACCUUCAAACGAAACCCAGGAAACGCGUUAUCUUUAUCAAAUAUACAACAUACGGAGAAACUACAACACGUCCCUUGUAGUCCGAUUUUUGGGCGAUUGGAAUCCGGUAAAUUCGACUAAAAAUCUAAAACUCUUCUGGCCAAUCGAGGACAGAGACAACUUCCACCAGUACCCUCUGGUGGUCGGUAUUCACGGUACACCCUCCGAUGGACCGAUGAAAGAACAAGAAGUCGAUACCACCCAAAUCUACUACGCCGAUUACAUAUUCCAAUUUCUAAACUCCAGCAAAUCCUACGUGGGCUUCGUCAAGCUAGGCAAUCGAGAGAACAACGAAUGGACCGACCUUUUGCACGCCCUCGUCGACGAAGUCGUCGACAUCAGCGGUCAAGGGAUAUCCAAAACCACCGGGAAGAUCAACGACAUGGCCUUCAGCUUCGACAUUUUGAAAAACUCGAGACACAUCUACGUGACGCCGCAGGAGUCGGAGAAGCUGCGCAACAUUUUCACCACGCCGUUCGAUUCCAGGUUGAUACUGUGCGUGGUGGGAACCGGUUUUAUAUUAUCCCUGGGGAUGACGGUGAAUAAUUGGGUUCGCCAUAAACUGGGCGGCAGAAGAAGGGAAUUCUCCGAGUCGAUCGUCUGGUGCGUGGGGAUAUUCACUCAGCAAGGCAGCAUUUGGAAAACCAGAUCGUUAACCGAGAAGAUAAUCGUUCUAAUAACUCUCUUCCUCACCGUGCUCACCUACAAUUCCUAUUCCGCCUUUAUCACUUCGAUUCUAUCAGUUGAACUGUACAAAAUCCAAAGCGUUACGGAUUUGUUAGAAAGCGACUACAAAAUCGGGUAUGUCAAGAACGGAGAAGAUGAAGAUUACCUAAGGUCGGUGAACAUCAGCGAAUUGAAGCAAAUCUACCUGCGCGGUUACCUCCAACACGACCUCAUCAACAUCUCCGAAGGUCUGAUGAAGGUCACCAGCGAUCAUUUCGCCUUCUUCGCCUCCGGCCAAUCGGCCAGAACUCACCUUCUCAACGUCACCAAAGGCCGGUGCAAAUUCGAAAUCCAGGAGAUCAAAAUACCCUACACCAACGAGUACAUGGCCAUCCUCAUGUCCAAGAACUCGCCCUACAAGAAACUGAUCAAUCUCAGCGUGAUAAAAAUGUUCGAAACCGGCGUGUACAAGUACAUCAAUUCCGCGGUGUAUCCGGCUAUAAAGCAGUGCAUGAAGCACGCCUCGUUCCAGAGCGCCAGAUUGGCGGAUUUAUCCACGGCUUUCUUCAUCGUGCUGAUCGGCUGGAUGGCCAGUCUGGUGCUGAUGUCGUUGGAGUGCGUUUGGAAGAAACGCAGGAUCAUACGCGGGAAUCUGAAGAGACGGUUCCAGAACGGUUCCGAUACCGCUGGUGCGAUUAACGCCCAGCUGGAUUUCGAUACUUACGUGAAAUUUCUGGUUAGAAACAACGCCCAACCGUUCGAGUACCGCAAUUGA